AUGGAUAUCUCAUCCCAAACCACUUCCAAAGGAACGGCAGAACCACUUCCCAAACCCAAACGCCCGCUCUACGUCCGCCUUCCCAUCACCCUCGCCCUUUCUCUCCUCACCUUCACCCUCGGCUUCACUAUGGCCGCCGCCCCUACCGCCCCGGUCCUUAAAGACCUCAUAACCCCUCCCACCGACGAGGAAACCCUCUCUCUCUACACACCCGCCACCGAGAAAGCCGCCGCAAUCGAGAAAGCCCUCUUCGAGCACCCGCUCACGCGCUCCCUCAUGCAAGAUGAGAAGUACAUCGCCUCGCGACCGCACCUCAAGAUCCCCGCGCAGCUGCGCGCGCAGAGCCUCACAGGCGGCACGCUCAUGGGGGAUGACAAAAUCGAAGUUCCGCCCGUGCAAUUCGGGACCGAAGAUGGCAAAUCUUUCGUGUCCCUGCAGUACAUCGGCACCGCUUUGUGCGGCCACCCCGGCAUCAUCCACGGGGGGUUGCUCGCCACGCUUCUAGAUGAGGGACUCGCACGAUGCUGUUUCCCCGCUCUGCCCAACCGCGCGGCUGUGACGGCGAGUUUGAAGGUGGAUUACAAGGCGCCGGCUAUGGCGGGGCAGGUUUUGGUGUUGAGGGCGGAGACGACGAAGGUGGAGGGACGGAAGGCGUGGGUUAAGGGGCGGUUGGAGACGCUUGUGGAUGAGAGCAAAGGGGAGAAGCCGCUUGUUGUGACGGAGGCGGAGGCGCUGUAUAUUGAGCCGAAGAUGGCGAAGCAGAUGAACCUGGUGAAGGGUUGA